AAUUUCAACCUGCUAUUUGUCUCUUCUUGCUUUAAAUUGAACGAAUUUUUUCUUGUGUUUUGUUGAAAUUUACCAAAAUCGAGAGAGAUGGCCGGACGUGAAGCUGUAAGAAAAGCUGUGCAACAAGUGCGUCCCAUCUUGUCGGUGGAUCGUGAGGAGGCGCGCAAACGUGCACUCAAUCUCUACAAAGCCUGGUAUCGGCAAAUUCCUUAUAUUGUCAUGGACUAUGACAUCCCCAAAUCGGUGGAAGAGUGCCGCACUAAACUGCGUGAAGAAUUCGAAAGGCAUCGUAAUGUGACCGAUGUGCGCGUCGUUGAUAUGCUGGUCAUAAAGGGUCAAAUGGAGCUGAAAGAGACAGUAGAAAUUUGGAAGCAAAAGGGGCACAUAAUGCGUUACUGGAAGGAAAGUCAAGAUCCCAAACCCACUGACUUCUUGUCGAAAUUCUUGCAAGGUGUGAAUUAGAAAAAUCCUUUAGUUAAUCUAUUAUAAUAUAUGAUAAAAUUUCGAAAACGUCAGAUUUUGACAAAAUUACUAUUAGUAAUUUAAAAUAAAUGCGAAAUUGAACCAAAAUAAUUUUUUUUUUAUAAUUUUUGUAUAUAUAGUUAUAUUUGAAUGCAUAAUUGACUUGCUAAUUACGUUAAAAUAAACUUUAAUUUAGCGAGCAAGUUCUUGAGAACACGAUAUAUGCGUCUUCACCAGCUAUAAAACUAUUUAGAAUAAUAUAGAAAACUUAUGCAAAAUGA